AUGCUAGAAGCCAAGCCUCCCUCAACACGGCACACUUCCCCAAUUGUACGAAACUCGGCGGAUCUUCAGUCUUCACCAACCGGGGCUCCACACCCGGCGCCACUCCCAUCUCCUGAGUUGCCGCCGCUUUCUGCUCCACCGCCGAUGAACUCUCUUUCUCUCGUUCCUUUUUCCUCCGCCUGCAGCUCUUCUACCCUCCCAAAACUUAAACCUUUGUACACACUUGAUUAUCACCCUUACAUAAACAUCAACAAGAAGCGGAAAAUCAGAAAUGGAAGAUGCAGGGCGGAGUUAAUUCACGAUGCGCCGUUCGUCAUUGCUAUGGGCGCGUGUGUGCUCAACUCGUUGGUAUUUCCUCUCCCUGUAAGUCCCAACGACGACGAAGAUGGUGAUUCGGUGAUCGAUUCAGCUGACGCAAGGUUCGCUGUCAUGGGGAUUAUAAGCUUCAUCCCUUACUUCAACUGGAUGAGUUGGGUUUUUGCUUGGAUGGAUACCGGCGAUAAACGAUAUGCUGUAUAUGCCAUCAUUUACUUGGCUCCAUACUUAAGGACAAACUUAUCACUGUCACCUGAUGAAAGCUGGUUACCUAUCGCAAGCAUUCUUCUUUGCAUUCUUCACAUUCAGUUAGAAGCAAGCAUCAAGAAUGGAGAUCUUCAGGGUUUCCAAUUAUUUAAUGGAGCUUCAAGGAACAAAUUUCCAGAGAAAGAUGUGAGAAUCUCAGAACAGGGGAGAAGAAAAGAUGAACAAAAGUUACCUUCUUCAAAUGAUGAAUCAAGAAAUAUGAUUAGUGGUUGGGGAAUUCCUAAAAAGCCUGCUAAAAAAGCUGAUCAUUUGGAUGAAGAGGGAGAUGAAGGGAAAAAACAUUAGAUCAGAUGAUUGUUUGAUGAAUCAAUCAUUUAGGUAACAUUUUAUUGAUCUCACAAAUAGAUAUAAGUGGUUGUGAAAGAGUGUUUUAGUUUCCACAUUUGUUGAAAAUGGUGUUGAUUGCUCUCAAACUUCAAUCAUUAUAGCAUUUACAAUUCGAGACAUGAACAAAGUUAUGUCAUUUUUUCUUAUCAGGAACUUUAGAUCUACCACUGUGAAAAUAAUUUUUUGAUAUUAUUUUCAUUCGUUUGUUUUCUUAUGUUGAUUUUUCUUAACGUUUAUCUACUUCUAUCAGAACUUUAAUUUGUAAAGUCUUUUUCACUAUUUUUUGUACUUAGUUACUGU